AUAAGAUCUUGAACAUACUUAUAGAUUCAGAUAAGAAGAUUCAAUGGCAAAACAAGGAAAUCUCUUUAGUUCGAAGUUACGUUUUAAUGGUGUUGAUCCGAUUUUCCAAUAAGGUAACUCGAGAAUUGCGGCUAUUCUUGGGGACUGUCCUACCAGUGAAAUGUUAUCAAAUAAUCAAACUAUAAGUAUUUUUGGCUGAUCUUAUUACCAAUGGAAUCCAGUUAGCUCCAAACAAUAAGGCAAUAUCACUAAGAUUUAUAUACCUGAAAGAGAAAUCCCAUUUGAAGAGGAAUUCCGAGGACUUGGAACAAUAGUGAAAACGAUAACAAAGUCACGGUGCUUUUGUGUUAUUCAUCGUAUCAAUUCCGCCCGUGAAGUUGAGAUUUGAACCGGAUCCCACAAUGUGCCGUGGUGUAGAUAAAAUAAACAUCGAGAAUAAUAUUUUGGCCCUCACGAGAGCAAACUGUGUAUAUAACAUCAAGUACAAAAAGAAAGGAGAUCGGUUGGUACCCGAUGUGAAUCCGUAAUAGCAAAUUAAUUGAGCGUUUGAUUAUUCAAGCCAAGAACUGGUGGACAUUGAAGUGUUCGUGAAUUGGAGAAAUCAACAUCUGUUAUAUAUCAAAAUAAGUUUUGAGUGAUGACUUUUCUGAAAACCAACUUGUAGGAGGUAUAUUGAGUUGGGACUGGUGGUUUGUAUAUAUUCUAAAGCAUUCAUACUCAUGUUGGCUUGAACAGUGGGCAGCUAUAGAAAGGAAAUCAUCACAGAAUCACCCCCUCCAAUAUUACCACGACCUCCAGUAACAACCUGAACAACAUCUGGAACUCACUCAAAAUGUUGAAUACAAUCGAUAUAUUUACUGUUGAAUAUAAUCUCUGAACUUGAAGAACGUCAAGUGAAAAAACAAUCUUUCAUCGGUACUUGAAACAGUGCGGCAGUGCGUGUUUGAUAGAAAAACAAUCGGAAAACGACGUCGUCGAUUCGUUUGGGCGCAAGGGCCGUUGUGGCGCGUUCGAACGACGCUAUAUAACUGAGAGCGUCGUGAAGAGAUUUCACAUUACGCGUCGCGACACCGUGUCCGAUCUGGUGGAAGAAGACUGCCACCUGUUAGGAUGAGUAACCUGGCCGUAGUUUUCCUGGUGGCGAGUUUGACGGUGGUGGUUUCCGGCCAACCCGAAGGCGGGUUGACUGUGGCUUCUGCAGUUGGUCACUCUUUCUUUCCUCGAAGCAGGAUAAACCUGAAACCACUCUCACUGGGACGAUUUGAGGUGCGACGUGAAUUUCCUGCGGGAGCAUUUUCAUCGUCAUCCCGCACGAAGAGAACACUGGAUCACCACAUCACAG